AUGUCGUCGAAAGGAAAGAAGCCCGCCGGCAAGACUCAGCGCUCCGCCAUCGCUGAUGUCGUCGCCCGAGAGUACACCAUCCACAUGCACAAGCGCAUGCACGGUGUCACCUUCAAGAAGCGAGCUCCCCGCGCCGUCAAGGAGAUCAAGAAGUUCGCCUUCCUGGCCAUGGGUACCACCGAUGUCCGCCUGGACCCCCAGCUGAACAAGAAGGUGUGGGAGUGCGGUGUCAAGGGUGUUCCAUACAGGCUCCGCGUCCGCAUCUCCCGGAGGCGAAACGACGAGGAGGGCGCCAAGGAGAAGCUCUACAGCUACGUUCAGGCCGUCAACGUCAAGAACCCCAAGGGCCUGCACACCGUGGUUGUUGAGGAGUAA